GUCAACUGUACGUUUUUCCCUACCCCAUGUCACUCAUUUACAUCCAAAUUGGCGAAGACUUAUUACCAGCCAUAUAAAAGAUUUUUGUUGGAGGAACCAAUUAUACAGUUGUGUUUUCUAUUUCAUAAACGGCAGUGUUUUCGUGGAUAAAAAAUUGAUACAAUGAAGACCAUUUUCUUCAUAUUAUUUGUUACGUUCGGAUGUGCGUAUUGCAGAUCCGUACCAGUACAGCCAACUGAUAGUAAAGUGGAAUCAUUAAAUGGAAAUCCGAUUCCUUUAGUGAGAAAAGCUCGUCAAUUCGGAUAUGGAGGCUAUGGGGGCUAUGGAGGUUAUGGCGGUUACGGAGGAUAUAAUAAUUAUGACUUCAAUCCCUAUAACGAUACACCCAACAACUAUGACUCAAAUCCAUUCAAUGAUUCACCCCAUCGUCAAAUCUACAACAAUUUUGAUUUUAAUCCAUUCAACGAUUCACCCAACAAUUAUGAUGGUAAUCCGUUCAACGAUUCUGGAUUCUUCGGCAAGAAAUAGACUUUGUUUCAAUGAUUUUAUUAAAUAAAAGUUUUCCUUGAAAUCCGAAAAAAAAUCUGUCGAAAAAAGGUGACGCUUCAACCUAAGUUUUCAAGUCCAAUAACUUAUUCGCAUUAUAAAUAACGAAUUCGUAUCAAUGUCGUCACGUGUCAUUGUCAAAUACACACUGCAUCAAUACCAUC